AUGGAUUAUGGUCUGAUCAUCUUUGUGCUCACAGGUAAACAAGGCUUUGGUUCAGCUGUAUAUCCCCUUACCAGCUUGGCAACAUGGCAAGAGUUUCAGAGCGGAGCACUGGUCAAUGUUGCCUCUGAGCAAACUCGUCAAUACUACUUUGUGAAUACGCCACUGAACUGGACUGAAGCUCAGAGCUUCUGCAGACAGGUCUACACUGACCUGGCCACCAUAGAAACCACAAGUGAUGUCUAUGCUAUACUCAGGACCACACCGAGCUACAGAGGCAAGGCUUGGAUAGGCCUCUAUAAUAAAGACUGGAGAUGGUCUCUGAGUGACAACAGCUUCUAUAGUGAAGCAGAUACUGGGUUUAGAAACUGGGCUGCUGGACAUCCCGUAAAUGGACAGGAAUGUGUGGGGAUUGGAAUCAACGUUUGGUAUAACAUAAAUUGCAACAACAUUCAACCCUUUGUGUGCUACAACGGUUCAGUAAAUGGCACAUCAUCCUUUGUAAAGAUUGACAAACUUUUGAACUGGAUCGAAGCUCAGAGCUACUGCAGGGAGAAUUAUGUCGAUCUAUCCAGCAUACGAAAUCAGGCAGAAAAUGACAUCAUCUCAAAACUGGUAGAUGUUUACUUAUUGUGGAUCGGUCUGUACUGGGAACGACUGUGGUCUGAUGGGAGCACGUCUCUGUUUCAAAACUGGGCCGGGGGGCAACCAGACAGCACAGCACAGUGUGUCACCACAGCGUUCAAUAACUCAGGACAGUGGUCAGAUGAUAACUGCUCCCUCACUUUCCCGUUCAUCUGUUACUCAACAAUUCCUCCAAACGCAGAAAGCUUCAGAUCAAUAGCACAAGAUGAGACCAGUAUCACUCUGCAGUGGAACAAAGUGAACAACAACAUCAGCUUUAUUCUCCAGUUUAAUGGUGCAGAGAUCAACAUCACUGCACCAGAUGGAGAUGGACCAGUAACUUACACAGUCUCAUCUCUCACUGCUGCAACUAAAUACACAUUCACUCUCUUCUCUGUGUUUGAGAACAUCAGAAGCAGUGGAUUGAGCAUUACUGCAUUUACUGGCCCUAAUUAUGUUCUUGUUAUGAACAUAGAAUUAGAGUCACUGACUCAACUGUCAGACUCGGACCUGCAGAGCCUGUUGGAGGAGGCCAGACGACAAAUAUUGUGGCCACAGUUUUCCUUCAAAGUGUUGCGACGUGAGAUAAGGAAAAAGACAAGAUGAACUGAAGGAGAAUGGGUCUGCAAUACAAAAACAUUUUUCAAGUUAUAUAGACUUUUCACAUUUUGCUUUCCUUGAUGCAAAUGGAAAAUAAAGUGAUGACAGGAAAGACAUUUUUGAUUACAGUAAAAUGUAGUUUGACUUCAUUUUUCUGUUUUGCAUUUACUUAUACUAGUACUAUUACU